GCGAGCGAGUUGCAUGACGAGCUGGAAGCAUCUACGGCCUUUACGUCGACGGUGGCUAUCUCCGUAUGGACCAACAUUUCGCCGACUAUGUACAUGAAUGGUGGCUGUCGCAACCGAGGGCGGGCGCGCAUGAUUUUCCUCUUUCGCGAAUACAAUAUAGCUCAUGUUUAGGCCGCUUGAGUUGGUCCAGACGCGUGUACAUAUCCAAUGUCUCGCCUGCCGCUUUUGUCUCGCAUCAUACGAAAGCUAUUCAGUGAAUCGCGAAACUACCAUAUUUUGGGGAAACUUCAGCCUCGUUGGCAAACGCCACACUUUGCUAGGACUCUCAAGAUGAGCUCAAUAGGUGGUGCAAGUAUUGGCGUAGGUCUUUACGCUGUGGUAAGCAAUCCAGUACAGAUCGCUGCGAAACCCGAGGAAGCAGAUGAAAAGAGACAUCACCUGAAAAACGGGAAGGGGUUUACGAACCCGUGGGAUAGCUAUGUUGAAUCAAGUCCUUGGGAGUUGCUCAUCAAGGGCAUGCUUUGGCGCAAAAUUACCGGUCAAGCCAACAGUCCAGACACCUCGCCACCGACAGUCAGUAAUAUCACUGUACGAACUAUCCCAGUCCACAAACCGACUUUCCUUCCAUCCCGGGAGACGCCAAGACUUCGUGCAACAUGGCUUGGGCAUGCAUGUUACCAUGUUGAGUUCCCGAGCGGCUUUCGCGUCCUCUUCCCCGUCUUUGAAGAUUGCUGCGCACCCUUCACUAUCAAGAGCCUAAAACGCUACACGCCCCCUCCAUGUGAGAUCGAAGACUUACCAAUUGUCGACGCAGUAGUCAUAAGCCACAACCACUACGAUCACUUAAGUUACCCAACAAUCCAGCGCUUGAAAAAGAAAUUCCCCGAGGCGCACUUCUUUGCGCCCCUGGGAAACAAGGAGUGGUUUGAGAAGAGCGGGGUUACAAAAGUCACAGAAUUAGAUUGGUGGGAGAGUAGAGAUGUCAAGUUGGAGGAAUUGUCGCAAAAGGGGGGCAGGGUUGGCUCUGUCUCUGUGAGUUCGGUGGACGCGGGCAAGAAUAGUGGUAUUACAGCGACAAUUGGUGCGCUGCCUUGUCAGCACAUUAGUGCAAGGACGCCGUUCGACAAGGCCAAGACCCUCUGGGCAAGCUGGAGUGUGGAAUCUGGCGGCGCGAAGGUCUACUUUGCUGGUGAUACAGGUUAUCGCACGGUCCCGUCUAGCAUUCCAGCCACCGAAGACGACUACUCGGCUGCGUAUUCGCACUUACCCACCUGCCCGGCCUUCUCCCAGAUUGGCCAACAUCGCGGCCCCUUCGAUCUCGGUCUAAUUCCCAUUGGUGCCUACGAACCUCGUUGGAUGUUCAGUAACGUGCAUGCUAGCCCCAAAGACGCUGUCAAUAUCUUCGCGGAUACAAAAUGCAAGAGAGCGCUAGGUAUGCAUUGGGGUACGUGGGUGUUGACUGAGGAGGAGGUCAUGGCACCGCCGAAGGAGUUGCAAGAGGCUUGUGGAAGGGCAUUAAGGCGGGCAAAGAAGGCUUUGGGGUUUGCGACAUCGGGGAGAGUACUGAGUUCGAGUCCGGACAAGCUACAAGGAAGUAAAUGUGAAAGCGGUCGACGCGAUCGAGUUGUGAGAUACCCAAGUGCGUAGUUGGAAACACAAGGCUUUGGUUCAGCUGGGUAUGUGAGCAGGCACGCAAUGUAU